AUGGGGUUCAAAUGGAAGUCUCUCAUGUUAACCAUUUUCACAUUCCUGAUGGUAGUUUGUAAUGCAUCUUUGAUUAAUAGUAAUGUGGUGAGAUCAAUUAAGAGUGAAGAUGGUGAUGUGAUUGAUUGCAUUCCAAUUCACAAACAACCUGCUUUCGACCAUCCCGCUCUACAGAAUCACAGCAUUCAGAUGAGGCCAAGCAAUGAUCCAACAAUGGCAAAAACUGAAAGGGAAGAAGAAGUUCCCAAUAUUGUAGUAAAGCAGCUAUGGCAGAAAAGUGGAAGCUGUCCUCAGGGAACUAUUCCCAUUCGGAGGACACAAACAAAAGAAGGUCAUAUAGCAUCAAAAAAGCCAUCCUUCUCCCAUCUUAAUGAUAAGGAAAAAAUGGUGGAUAACAAUGACUUGGAACUUCUUCAGCUUAAUCAUUCGUUGGCUGUGUUGAUAGCUCAAGGGUUUGCAUACUAUGGAGCCAAAGGAGACAUCAAAUUGUGCUAUGCUCAGGUCGAACGAGAUGAUGAGUACACUACUAAUCAAGUUUCUCUGAUCACUGGUCCUUUCCGAAAUUAUGAAGCCAUUGAAUCAGGGUGGGCGGUGAACCCCGGGGUUUAUGGUGACAGGCAGACAAGACUUUUUGUUUACUGGACGGUUGAUGGUUCAGUAAAUACCGGCUGCUUUGAUCUCACAUGCCCUGGAUUUGUGCAAACAAGCAGUGACAUUGCACUUGGAGCUCCAAUCUAUCCCAUAUCAGACCCUGAAGGAAAUGAUCCAUCGGUAAUUACUAUCUUCAUCCACAAGGAUCCAGAAACAAACAACUGGUGGGUGAAUUAUGGAGAAGAGGUAAACAUAGGCUAUUGGCCAGCAGAAUUGUUCAAUGGAUUGUGCUUUCAUGCUGAAUCUGUUCAGUGGGGUGGGGAUGUUUACAGCAAGCGAGUUGGAAUGCAUCCUGGUCAUACUGCAACAGGAAUGGGUUGCGGCCAAUACCCGAGCCCUGAGCCGUUUUUUGGAUCAGCUUUCGUGAAGAGGAUGCGGGUGAUUCAGAACAAAGUGCUAGUGCCUCCAGCAUUUGUAAACACUUAUGCUGAUGAGUACAGAUGUUACAGAGCAUUGUACCUUAGUGAUUAUGUAGAAGAUCCUGAGUUUUAUUAUGGUGGACCUGGUCGGAAUUUUCUGUGUCCUUGA